GAUUUCUAUAAAUAGCAGGAUCAAACUGAUUUCAUUGUGUGCUUCAGUUUAGUUAUCAAACAAAAAAGAUGCUCUGCUUUACUCCUCAUGAUCUCCUUUUCAUUUUGCUUCAGCUCCUCGUCAUUCUCAUUGCAAAUAAUGCAUGCAACCAAGCAGAUCUCAACUCUCUCAUGGCCUUAAAGGUCAGUACGUCCUCUCCUCCUUUAAAUUGGUCUUCGAACGAUUGCUGCCACUGGGAAGGUAUUUCUUGUGAUCACAAGGGUCAGGUCACCCAUGUUUGGUUGCCUUCUAAAGGCCUAACAGGAAGUGUAUCUCCUGAUUUUCUUGGAAACCUCAUGCAUCUCUCUCACCUGAAUCUUUCCCACAAUUCACUUUCAGGUUCUCUCCCUAGUGAAUUCUUUUCAUCCUUGAAUCAACUCAUGAUUCUUGAUUUAAGUUACAACUAUUUAGUUGGAGAUGUAUCUUUGCUAUUUUCAUCUAAUGGAUCAUCUACUCAUCAUGGUUGGCCUCCCUCUAUUCAAAUAAUUGACAUCUCUAGCAAUCACUUCCAUGGUACAAUCCAAUCAUCAUUCCUCGAACGAGCUUGGAACUUGAUCAAGCUCAAUGUCAGCAACAAUAGUUUCCAAGGCCCCAUUCCUUCUCAUCUUUGCAUGGAUUCCCGUUUGGUCAGGCUUCUUGAUUUCUCUUUCAAUAAUCAUACUGGUCAAAUUCCUUUCGGAGUAGGAGCAUGUUCCAAACUAGAGAUUUUCCGAGCAGGCUUUAACUCUCUCUUUGGGUUACUUCCGAAUGAUCUAUAUAGUGUGACAACAUUAGAAGAAAUCUCUUUACCUUUCAAUAAUCUUUCCGGACCCAUUAGCGAUGACAUUGCGAACCUAACCAAACUCACCCUCCUUGAGCUGUAUGCAAAUCGAUUGAGCGGCAAGUUACCUCCAAAUAUUGGGAGGCUUUCCAAAUUAAAGCACAUGCUUCUUCAUACAAACUCCUUUACAGGUUCUUUGCCCUCAUCAUUGAUGAAUUGCACAAAUCUCAUCGAAUUGAAUUUACGAAUGAAUUUGUUUCAAGGAAAUAUCUCCAACUUUAAUUUCUCCGGUCUUCAACAGCUUACUAUUCUUGACUUCACUAAUAAUGGCUUCACUGGUAGCUUUCCAAUAAGCUUUCAAUCCUGCAAGUCCCUUAGAGCAAUUCGACUUUCCCGAAACCAGCUAGAGGGGCAAAUCCCAUCAGAGAUUGCUCAACUGAAAUAUUUAUCUUUUUUUUCACUUAGUUUCAACAAUCUAACCAACAUCACUGCGGCAAUCAAAAUUCUGAUGCGUUGCAAGAGUCUCGAAGUUGUCCUAAUAGGACGCAAUUUUCUGCAUGAGAGAUUGCCGAAUGAUGAUGACAUAGUUGGUUUUCAAAAUCUUCGACUUUUGGAUAUUGAUGAAUGCCAACUGACCGGUCAAUUGCCUAUGUGGCUAUCUAUGCUCAAGAAGCUAGAAAUUCUGUUACUAAAUCGUAAUCGUAUCACAGGUUCAAUUCCAGGUUGGUUGUCGACCCUUCCGAGGCUCAGGUCUUUACAAUUGUCUCACAACCUCAUAUCGGGUGAAUUCCCUAAGGAACUUUGUGCAUUGCCCGCAUUAGUAUCAGCACAAGUUUAUCAACGAGACAAUGAUUCUUUGCUUUUACCGGUUUUUCACAUAGCAAAAAAUGAGGUUCGCCAGUACAGCUCCCUCUCCUACUUUUACCCACAGUUAUCGUUAAAUAAUAAUAGUCUUAGUGGCAGUAUCCCCAUUGAAAUUGGACGUUUGAAGUUGCUUCGAGCACUACAUCUUGGUCAUAACAGCUUCACAGGGAACAUUCCAGACCAAAUAUCAGAACUUACAAACUUGGUAGACCUAGACCUCUCGGCAAAUCAGUUAUCUGGUGAAAUACCAGCAUCACUUGCUCGUCUGCAUUUCUUGGCUACGUUUAGUGUAGCUAACAAUAAUCUCCAUGGGCGAAUACACUCGGGCACUCAACUCCAAGGUUUUGAUACGUCUGCAUAUGAGGGGAAUCUUAGACUUUGCGGCGCCCCACUUCCUCGUUGUGACCAUAUUACUAAUGGCAACAAAGACAAGGACAUACAGAAUGGGAAAGAUGGAUGUACAAUUCCAUGGUUUCAUAUUACUGUGAUGUUUGGCUUCAUUACAGGAUUUUGGGCGGUUUGUGGUCCUUUGGCUUUUAAUCGUAAUUGGAGAGAUUCAUAUUUCCGACACCUGAAUAACUUAAAAGACCAACUCUAUGUGGCAUUCGCAGUGUCUUUGGCCAGAUUGCACAAGAGGAGACUUUGAUGCAGAUGAGGGGUAUCAGCAGGAAGAACCAGCCCUAUCUGAGGAGUGAUGGCUUGGGACUUUACCCGUUAUUUGUUGUUAGACCUUUGUAUUCAUUUCCUUUAUUUCAGUCGGAUGCCUGUAUUAACCUCAUGGAGGAAUUUGUUUCGGGUUGUAUCAUUUUUAAUCUUUUUGGUACUUAGUUUUAA